AGCAGGAACUCUACACAUUUGGUGAGGCUUUCCUUAGAAACAACCGGUCCCUCGUUACAGUUAAAACAAUACAUUCAGUCACAUGGAGAAAUAAUUUGUUGAGACCCAUAACUACAAGUUCCAGUUUCUUUUCAUUUUUUUAUUUCUCUUUUUUGCUCAAAAGAAAUUGGUUUUGUGUAUUUAGGUUGGAUUUAUGCAAGAGUACAGUUGAUGUGCAAGGAUUGGAUUCACCUGGACAAAUUAUGUGAAGGAAUUUCAAGCUUCCACAAACAGCCUUCCAUUUUGUUCCUGUAGGCUCUCCUGGAUACAUCUUAGGCUGCGCUAUCUCUCUCCCAGAGAAGCAGUCAUGAAGACUGUACUGGGCGACGUUGCCGACACCACAUUCCGGACAAUAACCUCUGGGUUGCAGUUCCUUGGCUCCAACGAUGUCAAUUAUGAAGACCCCACCAUUGAUGCCGAUUUCUCCAAGGGCGGCUUCCCUUUACAGAAACCUCUGUCCGCCUUCCGCAGUAACUCUUAUCCUGGGAAAGUGCCGGCGGAAGAGGAGCUCAUUCUCAAAGGCAUUGCUUUCUACCCAACCAAUGUCACAGACAUUUUGGGGAACAGGAGCACCUUCGGGGAAGAGGGCAGCACCAUCCAGUGCGGGGAGAACUUCAUGGACAUGGAGUGUUUCAUGAUCCUCACCCCGAGCCAGCAGUUGGCGGUGGCGCUGAUGGCACUCACGCUGGGCACGUUCACGGUGCUGGAGAACUUGGUGGUCCUGUGCGUGAUCCUGCACUCGCGUACUCUCCGCUGCCGACCCUCCUACCACUUCAUCGGGAGCUUGGCGGUGGCCGACCUGCUGGGGAGCGUCAUCUUCGUCUACAGCUUCCUGGAUUUCCACGUCCUUCACCGCAAGGACAGCCCCAACGUUUUCCUCUUCAAGCUGGGCGGGGUGACGGCCUCCUUCACCGCCUCUGUGGGCAGCCUUUUCCUGACCGCCAUCGACCGUUACAUCUCCAUCCACCGGCCCCUGGCCUACAGGCGCAUUGUCACCCGCACCAAGGCUGUCAUCGCCUUCUGCAUGAUGUGGGCCAUCUCCAUCAUCAUCGCGGUGCUCCCCCUGUUGGGCUGGAACUGCAAGCGCCUCAAAUCACAGUGCUCGGACAUCUUCCCCCUCAUCGACAAGAACUACCUGAUGUUCUGGAUCGGGGUGACCAGCGUUCUGGUCAUCUUCAUCAUCUACGCCUACAUGUACAUCCUGUGGAAGGCCCACCAUCAUGCCGUGAGGAUGCUCAGCCGCACCUCCCAGAAGAGUCUGGUGGUGUAUUCGGCGGACGGCACCAAAGUGCAGACCACUCGGCCGGAGCAGGCCCGUAUGGACAUCCGGCUGGCCAAGACGCUGGUGCUCAUCCUGGUGGUGCUGAUCAUCUGCUGGGGCCCCGUGUUGGCCAUCAUGGUCUACGACCUCUUCUGGAGGAUGGACAACUUCACCAAGACGAUCUUCGCCUUCUGCAGCAUGCUCUGCUUGCUCAACUCCACCGUCAACCCCAUCAUCUACGCCCUGCGAAGCAAGGACCUGCGCCACGCCUUCUUCAACACCUUCCAAAUGUGCCGAAGCACCGCUCAGCCGCUGGACAACAGCCUGGAGUCCGACUGCCAGAACCGGGGCGUCAACAUAUCCGCCAACAGAGCCGCGGAGAGCUGCGUAAAAACCACUGUGAAAAUAGCCAAAGUGACCAUGUCUGUCUCCACGGAGACCUCCGCGGAAGCCGUCUGACUCGCGGCCUCCAGAUGCUGGCGAAGGAACCUUUUGAUUCUCACAACCCAGUUCUGCGCUCAAUAUGUCAUGGUCCAUCGCUAACACGAGAGGUGAAACGGAAAGCCUACUGACCUAACGUGCAGGUCGGAAGGAGGAAAGCUCAUGAAGGGUCAUGAAGUUGACUGACCAAAACAACACAAAGGCAGAUCAUUGCUUCAAUGUGUCUUUUUCGCUGAAGUGUGCCAGUGUAGUGUUCCAGUGCUUGCCUAAGUGCCAAACCGAUGUCUAGACUGAAGGAGGAAUAUGAUGCAGAAAGUAUGGGAACUAUUUCAAGCUGCUGUAUAGUCUUGUUCACUGUUGUUCUUCGUUAUGUACCCUGUUCUCUUCUAAAUUAUCUCAUCAUAGAUUUGGUGGUACUGUGGGUGAAUUCAUGAAGGGUAUUUUUUUACUGUGAAAUCAGGUUCUCAGAAAUGAUAUCUUUACUCAUGGGAUAAGGGGCUAUUGACAUUUUUUAAUGAUAUAUGUUAAUAUAUAUAUAUAAAUAUAUAAUUUAGAUAUCAAUAUGUACAUAUUCUGUAGCAGCCAUGCCUUCAUGAAAUUAAGAACAUACUGUAAAUUUAAUCGUUUGGUUGCAAUGUUGUAAUGACUAUGGUACAGCUUUGUAUAGAAAUAUGCUUAAUUCACAAAUAAUUACAAAAAAUAUGCUUGAAGAAUGGGAAUGUACUGACAUCAAACAUCAAUAUUAUUAAAAGAUGCAAGUGAUAGUAUAUUCUUACAAAAAAAGAAAGCACAACUAUUACAUUUUUUUACUAUAGUAUCAUUGUCAUAGGAGGGUAUUUAUAGUGUCUUGUUAAUGAUUUCACCCUCUAAUUACAAACACCUAUUUAUGUGGCAGUGAAUAAAUGAAGGGUUUCAUAAGGAUGAUGCAUUGUGUGCAUUGGUACAGAAAAGCAGAAUUUAAAGAUGUCAAUGAAGAUUUUUUAAUACCUUUAAUCGCCUGUUAAUAAUAAGAAAAUAACAAAUAUCACAGAAAUGCCCCAAAGGUUAAUUCUCUUGGAUUGACUACGGAGGUGCAGUACUGUUCAUUUCAUUGGUCUUGUUUGGUAAAGGGACUUCUUUGUACAUGCAAGACAAUGAAAUUCUUUGGGUCAUCAUUUUAUGCCUUUCUGAAGAUACCUUUAGCAUAAAGUUCAAUAUGUAUCUAGAAAUUGGAUCAUGAGAAAAUAUUAUUUUUGACAUAUCAAGAACACACUCGAAAGACUAUUGGUGCAAGGAGAUGAAGUCUUGAGAUGAUGUUCUGAAGUCUUGAGAUGAUGUUCUGAAGUCUUGAGAUGAUGUGUUGAUUGAUUGUGAU